GUAGUAAACUGGUUUUCCACCAGACUUAAAUCACAAAUGGAAAAUGGAUUGUUGACUUUUAUUAACGUUUAUUAUUAUUUAGACAAUUUACAUGUUAAAAAAACCAAAUUAAAAUGAUUAACAAAGAAACACAAUUAAUUAUGCAAAAGAUAUGUAGGUCAUGUAUGUGCGAAGGCACGGACAUGAAAAGUGUGUUCGAAGCUAAAGCAGCAGAGGAAGGGCAAAUUUUACUGGCUGAUAUGUUAAUGGCCUGUACUUCGAUACAAAUAACUACGGAUGAUGGUUUACCGGUACAGCUUUGUGUUUCUUGCGAAACAAAGCUCGACUGCGCAUUCGAAUUUAAACAACAAUGCCAAAAGACGGAUGUAAAGUUAAGGGGAUUAACAAAUCAGGGCUCUCCAAACCGAUGUGUAAAGGAGGAAUCCUUGGAUAUUGUCGUUCAACCUGACCUAGGCGAUAGCUUCAUUGAUCGUUCUGUUGAUUCGGACUGCAGUGAGGCGCCUAACCCAAAACUCCACCCUAUGCAUGACUUAUUUACUUGUUCGUAUUGUCAGAAAGUUUUACGCACAAAAAAAGGAUUAAAAAUACAUCAGCGGCGACAUACAGGUGAGAAAAUGCGUUCGUGUCAUUUGUGCCAAGCGAAAUUCACAAGAACCAACCACCUACGAAGACAUUUAGAAACGCACAAUAAAUCUAACAAAAGUUCGUCUCACGUUUGUGUAGAAUGUGGCGCUGCUUUUAGUAAAGCCAUCCAGUUGUCAAAGCAUAAGAAAGAACAUCAAGUAAACAGUAAUGAUAACGAAAAGGAGGAAUGUGAAUCUCCUAAUGCCGAUGACGCCGAAGAUGCAAAUUGGACGGGCUGGCAAACAACCGAGGAUAACACUGCGACUGAGAGAAGUAAACAUAGUGAGAAGUUAAUGGAGAAAAAGGUAAUGGAAUGUGAAUUUUGUGAUCGUAAGUUUAAGUAUAAGAAGAGCUUUAUACAUCAUCUGCAGAUGGAACACGGCAUGACCGAUGCGAAUGACGUGAGCAAUAGCCUGUCUAAUGCCACCGAAUCCAAGCUUGAUAGCGAGACACGUGAAUUUGAGGUUUCAGAUCCAACCGAAUUAAAGGACAUAACAAAUCCUGAAGUUUCCGAUGAUGGUAUUACUGAUACGGAAUUUUUGAAACCGAAAGAAAAUCGAAAACUUCAUACGUGUCAUGUAUGCGAGGCAAAAUUCUCGCGCACCAAUCACUUAACCAGGCAUAUGACUUUACAUAGAGCGGUACUUACGGAACAGUGUAAUCGGUGCGAGAAAGCAUUCGCCACUUCGGAACAUUUAGCAAAACAUCUUCAAGAAAAUCACAUCGACAAACCUUACAUUUGCACAGUUUGCAAUAAACAAUUUUCUAGAGGGGAACAUCUCAUUCGGCAUCUUAAAAUACACGAUCCUACGGACGGAUCGGAGGCAAAUCAUACGUGCUCAAUAUGUAAUAAGUCGUUUUCUAGAUCUGACCUGUUGGCAAGACAUACUAAAGUCCAUUUAAAACAAGACAAAAGGCAUAUUUGUGGAGAGUGUGGAAAAGCAUUUAACCGUUUAGAUAACCUGAAAACCCAUCAACGAAUUCAUACCGGAAUCAAAGAUUCCAAGUUGCAUCUCUGUAUUUAUUGUGGGAAGGAAUUUAACAACUCGAGCAAUAUGAUUGUACACAUGCGUAGACACACUGGGGAGAGACCAUACAAGUGUACCAUUUGCAGCAAGGGAUUUCCGAGAUCACACGACUUGAAAUGUCACGAACGCACCCACUCCGGAGAAAAACCAUAUUUAUGCACAUUAUGCGGUAAAUCGUUUAAUAAAAGCAACAAACUGUUACGUCAUACUAGAGUUCACACGGGGGAGCGACCUUACGUUUGUAAUCUCUGCGGUAGAGCGUUUACGCAAUCAAACGAUUUAGCUCUUCACAUGCGCAGGCAUACGGGUUCGCGUCCCUACGCCUGCGGCGUCUGUCCCUCUCGUUUCAUACAGUCCGGCCAAUUAAAAGCUCAUCGUAGAUCGACCGGGCAUUGGAUGGAAACGCAGCCAGAUCUGAAAGGCGGUCACAGAGUUGAGCCGGUAACUCCGAUUACUAACCCUGCACCGAUCAAGUUUAAAACGCACGGAAUUUACUUCCCAAAGGAAGGUGAGGAGGCAAAACUGAAGGAACCGAAAAUUUUGAAUCAUACCGUCGGCAUUAUGGGAAAUAUUAACAUUCAGAAUAAUGUUCAAAUUCAUUCUCAACCGAUUAUCCUCGAUAGUGCGAAACUAAUUCAACAAUGCAGCAACGGGACAUUUGUUGGUUUCACAUCCGUAAUUAACGCUUCUCCACAAGUGGUCACCGAAAGUGGCGAAGAAAAGUUUAAAACUGAAAGUGCCGAGUUUACCAUCACCGGUAUUGAGUGUGAAGAAAACCUUAGUACAGAUCAGAAAAUGGAGACAGUUGACGAAAACGGAAUUACAUACACAGCAAUUGCGGCGUCGGCGUCAACGUUUACUAAUGGUGAGCAUUAUACUUACCAAAGUUACUGAUAAACAAACUUAGGUUAAUUUUCGUCGUCCAUUUUGGCAGUUUAAUUAGAUAUUAUUAUAGGAACUCUAUAAAUGGUUAGCAAAUUUUGUAAGAAAGCUCUUUUGACCCAUCUUAUUGUUCAAUAAAAGCAUGUUAGAGGUUGCAUGUAAUUAAAUCAAGUUACAAAUAAAGAUUUGAUGAUUUUAUCUACUUGCUAAUGACCUGUAAAUUUGCAUUAUUUGCUAGGCGUGGAGAUUAAUACCUUAAAAUUAAUUUAUUAAAGGGUGUCAUACUUAAUAUGUUUUUAAUUAUGUAUAAAUGUGUAAAUAUUUGCAUAUAGAUGUAGUGUUGUGUGUAAAACAAGUUUAUGAGAGAUUGUGUACAUUUAUGAUUUUAACUAGAUAUUACAGUACUACUUCAUGUCAUGUGUUACAUGUAGUAGUUAGCCUCAAAUUAGAAUAAUUAUGUUGUACUAAUUUUGAGCUUCACUUUCAUACCAAAUUUCUGUUCAAAGAAACUAUUGUAUUUUAAAUUGGUAGGUAUAUUAUAAACUGUAAAUAAUUUGAUAAUUUUGAAUA